AUUGCUUCGAACGCCUGCAACAUUAGCACUGCCUCAAGAAAUCAAUCAACGGCAGGAUCGGCGGCGACCCCAACAAUAUCCACAAAGUCCCCAGCAACAGAGGGGGGCAUUAGCCCUAGUGGUGGUAGACAAACUCCGGGGAACGGGCGUACAAACAUUUGCAAUCUGCCACGUUCAUCGCCGGCGGCAGCAACAGCUGCUGUAACUGUUUCCAAUACUGGAUCAACGACGGGGUUAGGACAGCUGGCACCGGUCGUACCGACAUCAGCCGGUGUUGUACCCCUCCCCACCACUAUUGGUGGUAGUCGCGGUAGUGUGGGAGGUGGUGGCGCGUCGUCACUGCAUAAAGCUGCUGCAGCAAAUUUUGCUGCUUUACAUCGUCCUGCCAUUAUGAAUGCGGUGGCAUCACCGAUCUCAACCAAUUCAACGACGUCGUCGAGUCGUAAAAUACGUAAGAAAAACGAUUCAAAAGCGAAUUUGCCUCAAUCCCAAAUCAACAAAUGCAACAAUGAGAAACGACGUCGUGAAUUGGAAAAUAAUUAUAUCGAGCAACUAUCCGAAUUUUUACAGCUUAACAGACGCGGUGAUGCAACCUCGAGCAAACCGGAUAAGGCGGCUAUAUUAAAUCAAGUUGUAAAAACGUAUCGUGAUAUUUGUGACAAAGGCCAAAGUCGUGAUAUAUCCUCCUCAACACCAGCUAACGCAACAUCAGCCACAACAACGUCGUCUUCAUCGAACCCAACAGCCAAUGCAACUAGUACGAACAAGAACAACAGUAGUAAUAAUAACAACCAAACAACCUCAACACGUUGCAGUCGUUGUGCCACCGAUAAUUGUUCCAUACAUCCGGUACAACAGGGUGAAGUAUCAUCUACGGAACCACCACUGCCUGAACCAUCACUGCUAAAUGGGCAAGUACCCGAAAUAUCAGCAUAUUUUGAAGCAUUAGAACAUUAUAUCUCCUCCGUUGGUUGGGUACUGCUUCAAGUGAAUGCCGAAGGCAUUAUUGAGUCCUGCACUCAAAACAUCAAAGAAUUAAUUGGUUAUGAAAAACAGGAGUUAUAUCGUAGACCCUUGUAUCAGUACCUGCAUGCGGGCGAUCAUGCCAAAUUGGAUCCCAUUAUAAAUAAUAUGUCAUCAACGUUUAGUACGACAACAAAUAAUGUAGGUGGUGGUAAUACAGGUGGUGCAGCAGCAGGAGGUUUGAGUGGUAAUGCGGGUGGCGCCAACAGUGUUGGUGGCAUGCAUGAUCUAAACUCAGGUUGGGGUUUGGGUGAUACAGAUGAUCAUAACGGAGGAGGCGGAGGAAGCGUAGGUGGUGGCAUGGGAGGUAAAUCGAAACGUAGCAUUUCGACAAAAGUCCGUAUGUUAGUCAAGGAUACACGUUCGGCAACCCAAACCUCAGGUUCUUCAUCCUCAUCAUCAACAACUACAACAACAACGACCACAAAUAAUACUGAUAGUAGUAAUUCUAUGGACCAAAAAUCUAAAUAUGAAGAAGUUGUUUUAAUAGCGGCACCAGUAAAAGACGAAGCUGAUUCUGCCUCUUCUGUUUUAUGUUUAAUUACCCGACCCGAGGAUGAGUCGCCCCUGGAAAUGAACAUACAACAACAUGUCCAACAUCCAACCAUUGAACAGGUCACUUUUAAACUGGAUAUCCACGGCAAAAUAAUUACCCUCGAUGCGACCAGCUUGCGUGAACCCUACAAAAAGCAUUUAACGCAAUGGGUGGGACGUUUGCUGCAGGAUCUGUGUCAUCCUCAGGAUUUAUCAGCUUUAAAAUCGCAUCUGUGCGAUGUACAAAAUUCAGCGGCCGGUGUAAAUGCGAUCAAUGCCUCACAAUCGCCUGGCAGCAGUGUGGUAUCUAUUAACCCGCCCAUAUCAAAUCAUAUAUCGAAACCGUUUCGCCUUUGUCUGGGCACACCUGAUGUCUAUGUUCACGUAAAGGCUAAUUCCAGAUUGUUCCUCAAUCAUACGCCGGGCGAGAGUGAUUUCAUUAUGUCGGUACAUACCCUGCUGAAUGCUGAGAGUGAUAUGAACAGUAAUAACACGUGCAUGCUGAGCGGUAAUGGUGGUGGGGGCCUGCUUACAACGGGUAUGUCGGCCAUGUCACCGGGCACCUCGUUGGUGUCAUCAUUGGUCUCUAGUUUAACCAUGGAUUCAUUAGUGAAUUCGAAUUCGGUAUCAUCGCCUUUGGUAAAUGUCUCAGGUUUGGGUGGAUUGGUUGGAGGCGGCGGUGGUGGUGGAGUGCCAUCACAACAACAACAGCAUUCAACACAGACAAUAAGUGUGGGUGGUCCCCUAAUGACAUCGGCCGUAAUUAAUGGCACCGGCAGUGGUGGUGUUGGCAAUGCUGGAAAUAACAUUGCCGGUGGUUUGGGUCCUACACAAAGAUCAUCUUCCACAACAGCUACUACCUCGGGCAUUGCCUCAAAUAGCUCCUCAUCGAUAGUUAACUCGUUUACAGCCUCUCCGGCCGGUCAUGAAGUCCCAUCGUUUUACAACGAUUUUGAUUAUGACAUGAGACAUUCCUACGAUAUGGAUGCGGUAACGGCCUGGAACGAUUCGAGACCGAAUUCACGGGCCUCCGUGACAACACCGGUCAGUACACCGCGGCCACCAUCGGCUGGUCAUGGCUUCAGUCCAGCCAUUUGUCCAUCGCCCUCGACGCCGUAUCAAUUAUCUUCACAUUCGGCGGCAAGUUUGCCCUCACCACAAUCGAAUGCAAGUCAAUCGGGUGUCGGUGGUGGUGGCGGCGGAGGUAACAGCAGCGGCGUUGGUGGUGGAAAUCCUUUUGGCAAUUUUGGUUUUCAUUCCUUUGAUAGCAGUAGUGAUAAAAUGGAUAAGGAUCCUAUGAAUAACAAUAACAACAACAAUAGUGGUAGCAGCGGAGGCAACAACAACAACAUGAGUGGUGGUAUGUCAGGAAAUUUGCCAAAUGGUGGUAAUGGUGGUGGUGCGGGUGGACCAAAUUCCAUGAUGAUGGGUGGUGGAAUGGCUGGUGGCCAACAGCAGCAACAACAACAAUCCCAACAGCAAGCUCAAAAUCCUCCCACAGAAUCGGAACGUUUGAGACAUUUACUUACCAAUAAAACGCAUUCAUCGUCUUUGCAUGGCAGCGAUGGCGACGACAAAGAUAAUUUGUUGAAGGUAAGGAAAAAAGAAUUCUACAAACAGGAGGAUGACAAAGAGGGCUUGCAAGCCAGCCUAGGUGGCAUGUUUAAAAUGGCUCCUGGUUCGGGAGGUCCCGGUGGCAAUAUGCAGCGUAUGUUUGGCAUGUCUGGCAUGCAGAAACAAACAAAUUCCAGUAAUCCCAUGUUGUUGUCGCUACUCAAAUCCGAAGACGAUGAAAACAACAAAGGCAUGUCAUCGAUGGGCCGUUCCAACGAUUUGGUACGCAUUAAAGAUGAAACCCAUGGCUCACAUCAAAAUCCCAAUAAUAUAUCCACCGAAGAAUUGCGUCGGAUUUUGAAACAUCAAGGCGAUCCGGCCAUGACACGCAAACGCUCCCUCAACGAUCCCGAUGAUGGUCUGUCGGCCAAGAGAUCCGAUGAUCGUCCCUCCAAAUUGUGUGAAAGCAAUAAAAUGCUUGCCCGACUGCUAAGUAAUCCGCCAAAGAAUAUUACCAUGAAUAUUACACCGGUUAUAAAAACAAUACCCGACAAGGUGCCCAGCCGAGGGCCGGGCAAUAUUGUCUCGUCGAUGGGCGGUGGUACAACAAUGGGCCUGAUGCCCGGUAAAGCUUCGACCAUAACAACGAUGGCCAAUAGUGGUGGCAGCGGGAGUAUGAUUGGUCCAGGUGGUCCGGGACGAGGAAGAGGUAUGGGACAACAGCAGAAACCGCCGCAGCAGCAACAACAACAACAGCAGCCUUCCGAUGUCUACCUCAAUCAACAGCAACAACAACAGCAGCAGCAGCGGCAGGGUCUGGAAUCCUCGGCGGUAGGUUCGAAUUUACAACGACUACCACAAUCUCAUCCUCAGCAGCAGGGGAGUCAAAUGGACUUCUCAUCGUCAUCUACAACGGGAGAACAUCCGUUUGCCACUCCGCCUCUUAGCACAACAGCUCCUUCGACAACAGCUACCUCAAAUUCUAGUGCAACAACGGGUACCUCCUCCUCCACUUCCGCAUCCUCUCUCAGCGCAUCCGCCGCAUCGGCUAUAUUGGGUGAUGGUGAUCAGGAACUAUCCAAAAUACUGGACAGUGUCAUGGACUAUGUUCCGGACGAUCAGCCGACAGGUUUGACACCCCAACAAAUCAAUGAUCAGUUGGCCAUUAGUGAAAUACAAAAAUCGCUGAUGGUUGAGACAUCGGCAUUUAGAAUGGGUAACAUGUCAUCUAUGACAGCUCAAACGCAGCAGCAACAUCAUACACAACUACAACCGCCAGCAUAUCCGGGUAUGGGUAGUGGUGGUGGUGGCGUCGGCGGUCUUGGCAAUUUAACACCUCAUCAGCUGAUGCGCAUGCAAGCGUUACACAAUCUGCGAGCCAAUCAAAAUAUGCAAAAAGCUCCACCAAAUUAUCCAGCUGGUGGACGUACCGGCGGCGUUGGUCAUCUGAAUGCUGCGUCGGCACAGGCGGCAUUAUCGGCGCAAUCACACUAUCGUAACUUGACACAACAACAAUUGGGCCAACAGCAACAGCAACAGCUUAUGGCAGCCCAUCAAAAAGAUCGGCUGUUGGCGCAACAGCAAAAGGAACGUUUGCUGCAGCAACAACAAAAUCAGUUGAUGCGUGUACCGGAAAAUGCCACAGCCCGUGAUCAGUUGUGUCUUAAUCCUGGUCUCAACAACAUAAGUACCUUGCUCAAUACCGUGGCACCCAAUGUCACAUUAUCACGCACAAAUAUGCCACCCGACUCGCAAUUAAGUCCGAAUUUUGCCCAAAAUAUGUUGCAGCAGCAGCUAAGUCCGGGUCAGCGUAAUGCACCAUUUAGUCCACAAUCGAAUCCAGGUUAUGGACCCCAAUACCCACAAACUGCCGGCCAACGUUUAUCACCCCAGCAACAACAACAGCAGCAGCAACAAAUGGCUGCAUUUCAGGCCGGUAAUCCGGCAGCUCAGCUCUCACCCAGACAACCACAUUUUGGCGGCGGCGGACCCAAUACCCCAGGUAGUGCUGGUAUACCCUCACCGGGAUUGGGACCAAACUCCUCGCCGCAGCAAUGGGGCGGAGGCCCUAAUGCUGGGCCACAAAGAGGACAUUCACUGCAACAACAUAAUCCAAUGUUAAGUGCACAAUUACAGGGAGUUAGUCCUUACAAUGCUAGACAAUAUCAACAACAACGAGGACGAGGCUUAAAUUCACCCAGCGGCUCUGGACCUCAAGGUCCUGCCGGUCCUGGUCUGAUUGGUGGCCCACAGGGUCCCAAUGCUGCUGCAGCAGCUGCUGCUGGUCUCCAGCGUCAAAAUUCAUUUCAAACGAACGAUAGUAGUUUUACACCAACACCAAAUUCCCCAUCACCUCAAUCACCAUUUGCCGCUGGCAAUGUAUUCCAACAACAACAAAGUCAGCAGCAACAACAACAAAUGCAACGUAUGCAACGACAAAGUAGCAUACCGCAAGCAACACAACAUUUGCCAGCUGGUAAUCCCGCCUCUUCAGAUUAUGUUAAGCAAGAAUUGCGCGCUGUGGUUAGUGGUCGUGCAGCUGCUGCGGCAAAUUCUGGUGGAGGUAAUGGUGUACCCGGUGGUGGUAGUGGUAAUCCUGGUGGUGGUGCCGUUGGAAUACCCGGCGGUCUGCGUGUUGCCACACCUCAAAGUCCAUUGGGAGGACCACAGACACCACAAGGCGGUGGUGGUGGUGCAGGCGGUGGACCCAUGCAGCACGGUACGAACAAUACAAAUCCUAUGGCGGCCAUGACCCAGCAGCAACAACAGCCACAAACACCAAAUAGUAAUGUGGUUGGUGGUGCUGGUGGCAAUGGACCAAACAAUGCAUCAGGUGUUGUAGGCAGCAGUAGUACAAGUAGCGGUGGUGUUACUUCGAUGUUACACUCAUCACCCGAUCCAACAAUGGGCUUUAGUUUUGAUACACAAGACUUUUUCGGUAGCAGCACUACAAGGUGA